GAAGUGCUUGGGGAGCAAAGACGAGGUUCUUAUCGAUGGGCUUCCCAAGGAGUACUACGACGAUAAAGGUGCGAUUUUUCUCUCUAAAAUGACUGAGGCAUAAUCUUGAAGACCAUAAAACAUGGAACUUGUGAAAGGGAGUUCUUGAGGGUCAAAGGACCUUGUAAAUAGAGGGGGCAUCGAUGUGCGGUGAACAGAGAGUAAUUUUCACUUAGCAUGGCGUUGGAGGAAUGGCAGGCUCGUCAAAGAGAGAAGACGAAGGAGCUGCAUCGUAGGCGACAGGAGGAAGACGAAGAAGAAGAAAGAAAGGUUGAGGCAUAUCGUGAAAUUGGAAUGAGAUUGAAAGGUUAUCCUGAAGAAGAUGUUCGAAAUGCCAGGAAAUUAGUAUCAAGCUUUAUCAGAUCGGACGAAGAAAUUGAAGAGAAAAUCGAGGAAGCUGCCGAGAGAGGAGAACUGACAGAACUUGUCUUAAUGGUUAUCUGGAAUCGGCUUGAUCUUGCUAGACGUGAUGAUGAAAAGGAUGCAGUUAGAAGUCUUGACCUCUUAUACAGGAGGGUUGAGACUGAAAUUUUGAAACGAGAGGCCUCUCCUGCCAUGAGACUGCUCAACGAGCUUUUGAAUAUGCAUGAUGGUUUUGAUAAUGAAGGAUGGCUGAAGGUAUGUAGAAAGCUGAUGGUGGAUACCUUUCCAAGGGAGGAUCCAUUUAGCAUUUUGGUUCCAGCUGGACUUGACAUGGAUAAGCAUCAAGGGCCACUUCGACCCUCAUUUGAAGAUGAUGCUCUUUUGAGGGUAGAUUUUGUUAGAGAGGUUGCUGAACUGCUACAAGAGGUCCGUCUUGAACAAAGUGAAUGGCAAGAUGCUCCAGGGUUGGACCCUGAAUCUGUUGCAAGUAGGUUGAAGCAGCAGGAGAAGCAACAAACAAUACACCAUGUAGAAGCUCUGCUUGAUGUGGCAAUCAAUUUGAAAUGGUAACUAAAUCUGUAUAGCCUACUUCCCCAGUUACAAGACGAUGCAGCGCUAACCCCAAGUAUAUUGAGGAACUCGACACUGAUGCUGAGUAAUUGGCUUCUCUUGAGCAGCCACACCAGUGAUGUCCCUUGAGUCAAUUAAUCAUCAACCGUACUCAUAUUGGAUCUCAGUAUGAGUUGUGUUUUACGGUUUUUGUAUUGGUUAGGAUGGUUAUGGCUCUGUAUAUAAGUGACUCAUAAUUUUCUUUUAUGAAGCUGUGUAUGGUAUUCCUUGCGAUAGGCUACUUUCCACUGUCUGACAAUCCAAGGAAAGGUACCAAAAAACCUCACUUAACCCCU